AUACCAUAUGCAAUGAGCCAACAGGUUUGACUCUGCCUAGAUUCGGUAGCCAUCGCCAAACCAAAUGCACUGAACUGUAAACUCUAACCAUGCUAACAUGUCUAUAUAAAUGAAAAAUAAUCACACACAUUCAAUUCAACUCGCUUUCCUUCUUCAAUGGCUUCUCUCAUCACCUUCCUCAAGCGAACCUCUUCAUCAUCAUCAUCAUCUUUUGCAGUUGCAUGCCACCAUUCUAUCAUCAUGAGAAGAUCCUUAACGACAACAACAGCAGCAGCAGCUACUGUUGAUUCUUCAUCCUUUGCUCAGAGAAUCAGAGAUUUGCCUAAAGAUCUUCCUGGUACCAACAUCAAAAAACAUGUUUCUCAGUUAAUUGGGAGGACUCCACUGGUUUAUCUUAACAAAGUUACUGAGGGAUGUGGAGCUUAUAUUGCUGUUAAGCAAGAGAUGAUGCAACCUACUGCAAGCAUCAAAGACAGACCGGCAUUUGCUAUGAUGGAAGAUGCUGAGAAAAAAAAUCUGAUAUCUCCUGGAAAGACUGUUCUGAUAGAGCCGACAUCGGGAAACAUGGGGAUCAGUUUGGCAUUUAUGGCUGCCAUGAAGGGAUAUAAGAUGGUUUUGACUAUGCCUUCUUACACAAGCUUGGAAAGAAGGGUUUGUAUGAGAGCAUUUGGAGCUGAGUUGGUCCUCACUGAUCCAACUAAAGGAAUGGGUGGAACAGUUAAAAAGGCAUAUGACCUUUUGGAAUCCACACCAGAUGCUUUCAUGCUGCAACAAUUUUCCAAUCCAGCAAAUACUCGGGUGCAUUUUGAAACAACAGGUCCUGAGAUAUGGGAGGAUACAAAUGGACAAGUGGACAUAUUUGUUAUGGGAAUAGGUAGCGGCGGCACAGUUUCCGGGGUCGGACAAUAUCUUAAAUCCCGAAACCCCAACGUUAAGAUAUAUGGAGUGGAGCCAUCUGAAAGCAAUGUGCUCAAUGGUGGUAAACCAGGUCCUCAUCAUAUAACUGGAAAUGGUGUUGGAUUCAAACCAGAUAUAUUGGACAUGGAUGUAAUGGACAAAGUUCUUGAAGUUAGCAGUGAAGAUGCAGUUAACAUGGCUAGGACAUUGGCCUUGAAAGAAGGACUCAUGGUUGGCAUAUCGUCCGGAGCUAACACAGUUGCAGCACUUAGAUUGGCUAGUCUUCCUGAGAAUAAAGGCAAACUUAUUGUGACUGUUCAUCCAAGUUUCGGGGAACGAUACUUGUCAUCUGUCUUGUACCAAGACCUUAGGACAGAAGCUGAAAACAUGCAGCCUGUGUCCGUCGAUUAAUUCCUUCCAUGGGCUCCGAUUCAUCUAGAAAGAUUUGUUGUGGAGUUACAUGGAUCAAUUGGUUGUUGAUGUUGUAGCAAAAAAAUUCAUGUUCAGCUUACAAUUCUGCCAUAGUAAUAAAUGUCAGCCAAAGCUAUGGUUUUUACAUAUCUUAUAAACUUCUUGUCUUAAUGCUUUGUAAUGUUUUGUUUGAUAUGAUGAACAUUGUAAUAUGUUCUAAAAUGAAAGUAUGAAAUUGUAAUA